CAAUUCUGAGUCGGAGUGGAUCUGUUAAGGAAAAACAAGAAGCCUGAAGUUGUAGAUAAAGCUGUUGUGCACUGAACUGUUCGUUUCACGUGCUCUUUCUUCUAUCAUGUGGUACAGAGCCUACUUUUUCAGCUAUUCUGCUGUCUGUACUUUCUAAGUGCACAUUAUUUUGAGAGCUGUAGCAGGGAAAAGAAGUCCAGCCAGUACGUGGACUAAACUUACCAAUCUGUCCUCUUUCUUUUUUCAUGUCGGGGGCUGUUUGGAUUUCUUCAGCGGGCUUGUCUUUACUUUUUUGGAGGACUACAUGCAGUGGGGUCCUGAAUGUUUGAUUAAAGCUAUGUUUGUGUGGGAGCUGGUUUUAGUGCAUUAACAACCAAAUCCCAUGUGGCACAGAUAGUAUUAAAACUGGGCAACUCAUGAAUCAGUGAGAUGAAUCCCCUCAGACAAUGUUGGAAGACACUUUUUCAGUGGAUAAGCCUUUGUCUAAAAUAUGUUCUCACAAGACUUUGUGGUGCUGUUCCAUCCAUAACAACUUUGAUAACACCAAAUGGUAUCACAGAGAGAGGAUCAUGUAAACCCGACUCAGAGGAGUGGAAAACCAAUGAAGCCCAAUGCACAUAUCACUGUGGAGAUAAAGAUGAAACCAUGGUAACAGUCCAAACCAGCACACAUGCAUUCUAUGUUGACCUUGGGAGACUCGCUGAGUUCAGUGAGUACUUUCGAGCCCUGUCUCAGUCCAGAAUGAGAGAAACCUCAGAGAGCCUCAUCCACCUGGAACACGUGUCCUCUUCUGUCUUUCAUAAUCUCCUAGAAUUCACCUUCUACAACAAGUUUGAAGUCCCUCCACAGGAGUUGGGCAUACACAUCCAAGUCAGCAGUUAUCUCCUUGCUGAAGCCUUCCUUUCAAAUUGCUUGUCAGUGCUGACAGAUGUUCUCAGCCCAGGCAACUGUUUGACCUACUUGAGUCUGGCUCAGGAGCUCUACUGUGUGGAGCUGAAGAUGACAGUUUUCACCUACCUGAGCAAAAGCCUGCUGGAGCUGCCUCACCUCAUCAAGAGUCUGACUGAAGAGAACCAGGCUGAAGUGGUCCACCUGAGAACACAAGGAGACCCAAGUCUCUGCUGCCUUAGAAAAGAGAACCUGACUACCUGGAAAGACCCAGAGACAGAACGUGCCCGACACAUGUUCACUUUGAAAGGGUCAGAGGACAGUGGAGAUUGGUGUCCGGUUAUAGAGCUUCCUUUCAGGGCUGAUAAGUGGUGUUUCACUACAGUGGUCUUGUAUAACUACCUGUACAUUAUCGGAGGAUACCGUCAUCGAGUGAAGAGAGGCUGGAAGUUCAAGAUGGCUUCCUUUAGGUACAAUCCUUUUACUAAUACAUGGGCAUCCACAGCUCCCUUGAUUAAGCACCGAAGGCACUUCAGUGCAGUGGCCUGUGAGGGCAGUAUUUAUGCUGUGGGUGGCUGGUACCUUGACUCGUUGGUGACUCCUGACUCCUGCACUGCUCUUUACACAGCUGUGGAACGCUACGAUCCAUGGGAGGACACAUGGAGGUUUGUCUCCUCUCUGCCAUUCACUGACUUCCACUUCACGAUGUCCUUAUCCUAUGACGUGCCCCUUGCAACAAGUCUUGAACACUGUCUCUAUGUGCUGGGGAGCAUCCAGAGGACUGGAGAGAAACUGCUGCUGCAGUACAACACAAGGCAAGACUCCUGGGCUGAACUACUUCCCACCCUUUCCAGAGCAGACGUAGACCUCCCUGCUCUCUACUUCCUGGGUGCCACUGACAGGCUGCUUGUGAUUGGUGGGAACAACUCUGGGAAUGUGGUGACGUCAUUCUGUGUGCAGUCACAGAUAUGGGGAGAGGUGCACACAGCUGAGAAAGUGGCAUUUGCAGGACAGGGGACAGUUUUAGGAGACCAGUUCUGUUUAGAGAUGGCUGAAGCCCAUCAGGCGGUUGGCUUUCAGUUUACUGUACGCCCAGAUGGUGUGGACCUUAAACUAAGCCAGGAGGUCAUCAAAAACAUCUACCUGUCAGGAGUGACCGCAUGGAAGAAACGAGCAAUUCAAUUCAAGAAUGGUGUAUUGGCUGGAGUGUAUCCUGCCAGUCCAUCCAGCUGGUUGAUAGUUGUGAUAGCCAUGAUGAGUUCCUUGUACACUCGCAUCGACCCUUCUCUAGGAAUGAUUGACACAAUCAAGGACAACCUGCCACACAGAGGCUAUAUGUCAGUGCAGACUCGAGCGGUGAUGAGCUCCAUCUUGUUUGCCACUGGACUGUGGAUUUUCCUCAUCUACCUCCUGAGAUACACUCUGAAAGCCUUACUCUCCUACCAUGGAUGGAUUUUUGAGUCCCAUGGAAAGAUGAGCACAUCAACCAAACUGUGGCUGAGCCUGGUGAAGAUGUUCUCUGGGCGCAGACCGCUGCUCUACAGUUUCCAGGCAUCUUUACCCAGGAUGCCAGUGCCCAGUGUGGAUGAUACCAUUCACAGGUACCUGGAGUCAGUCCGACCUCUGCUGGACAAUGAACAGUACAACCAAAUGGAGAUUUUGGCUAAUGACUUUAAAGAAUCCAAAGCUGCCCAGCUGCAGAGAUAUCUGCUUCUAAAAUCCUGGUGGGCAACAAAUUAUGUGAGUGACUGGUGGGAGGAGUAUAUCUACCUCAGAGGCCGGACUCCACUAAUGGUGAACAGUAACUUUUACGUAAUGGACCUCUUGUAUGUGACCCCGACACACCGACAGGCUGCACGGGCAGGAAAUGUGGUGCAUGCAAUGCUGCAGUACAGACGCAAACUAGAACGUGGAGAACAUGCUCCGCUUAGGGCUUUGGGGACUGUUCCUAUGUGUUCCACUCAGAUGGAGAGAAUGUUUAACACAACCCGUAUCCCUGGGAUUGAAACAGAUAUUGUGCAGCACCUGACAGACCGGAAGCAUCUGGUCGUCUACCACAAAGGCCGUUUCUUCCAGGUGUGGCUGUACACUGGAGGGCGCCACCUCUUACCAAGUGAACUUGAGACACAGUUUCAAAGGAUCCUCAAUGAUACAUCAGAACCGCAGCCAGGAGAACUCAAACUAGCUACUCUGACUGCAGGAAACAGGGUUCCUUGGGCUCAGACUCGGAUUAAAUACUUCAGUCAAGAAACAAACAAAGCUUCCUUGGAUGCUAUUGAGUCAGCCGCCUUCUUCUUGACACUGGAUGAUGAGCCGCAGGGUUAUGACCCUGCAAAGACCCGUUCAUUCGACAGUUACGCCAAGUCCCUGCUUCAUGGAAAAUGUUAUGACAGGUGGUUUGACAAGUCUUUCACCUUGAUCUCUUAUCCAAACGGUAAAAUGGGCAUAAAUGCUGAACAUUCUUGGGCGGAUGCACCAAUUGUAGGACACAUGUGGGAGUACGUUCUCUCAACAGACUGCUUCCAUCUUGGCUACACAGAGGAGGGACACUGUAAAGGGGAUGUGAACAAAGGCCUGCCGCAUCCCACUCGACUACAGUGGCAGAUUCCAAAGGAGUGCCAAGACAUCAUUGAGAAGUCAUACAUAUCAGCCAAACAGAUAGCUGAUGACGUGGACUUCCAUGGCUGUCUGUUUAGUGAGUUUGGGAAAGGACUGAUUAAGAAGUGCAGGACCAGCCCUGAUGCCUUCAUUCAGAUGGCCCUGCAGUUGGCACAGUUCAGGGACCAGGGAGUGUUCUGUCUGACAUACGAGUCCUCGAUGACUCGUAUGUUCAGAGAUGGUCGGACAGAGACCGUGCGUUCCUGCACCUCUGAGGCGGUUGCUUUUGUAAGAGCCAUGGAGGAUCAGGAUGCAACAAAUGCCCAAAGACUUGCUCUAUUUCGAAAGGCAGCAAAUAAGCAUCAAAACAUGUAUCGACUAGCCAUGACUGGGGCUGGCAUAGACCGUCACCUCUUCUGUCUCUACAUUGUGUCCAAAUACCUUGGGAUUGACUCGCCAUUUCUCAAAAAGGUGCUUUCAGAGCCCUGGAAGUUGUCUACCAGUCAAACUCCUCAGCAGCAGCUCAAUUUAGUCGACAUAAAUAAGUUCCCUAAAUAUGUGGGUGCUGGUGGUGGAUUCGGCCCAGUGGCUGAUGAUGGUUAUGGUGUAUCUUAUAUAAUUGUUGGAGAAAACCUCAUAACAUUCCACAUCUCCUGCAAGUUCUCCUGCCCUGACACAGACUCGUACCGGUUUGGUCAGCACAUUUGGAAGGCAAUGCAUGAUAUCCAGGCACUGUUCAAGCCUGAAAAUGAUAAGAAGGUGGUGGAGCAUGCGAAGCAUGAACCUGUGGAAAAUGGGAAGAAGCAAGUAUGACAGCCAUCAAGAUGAAUUGCUUCAUUUGGCAUCUUGUGUGAUGGUUUGCAUUAAUGGAGCUGGCCAUUCCACUCUGUCAAAAAUGGGAAUGAUUUUUACUCCCUUAAUUUAUUUGUAUUUAUACACUUUUAGAACUGCUUUUUUGGUGCUGAGGGCAAGAUGUGU